ACUCUGAUCACCAUGGCAACUAACUUCACCCCAGACCAACAAUGCGAAGGAAAGGAGUGUCAAUCAAUGACAGAUGUGACGUACUACGUGGAGGAGAAGAAGAGACUCUGUGAUGGCUGCGCGUCUAAAGAAGGGUGCAUCGCAAGAGUUAAAAGAGGUGUACCAAAUAUUUAUUGUGAAGAACACGAUGAAAAGGUAAAAUUAUAUUGUAAAAGUCAUGGUAAAGCGUUAUGUGCUUUUUGUGCAUUAGAUCAUUUAGACCCUUGUGUGCGACAAAAUAUGGAUGUCGCAAUCGUAGACCUUCAAGCAAAACUUACAAGCAUAAAAGAAAAGGGAAGGGACAAAUUAAAAGAAGGUCGUCUUUAUGAAGAUGAAAUUGACCAAUGCACGAAAGACACAGACACCCAUCUACAAGCUUUGAGAGACAAAGUUAAUUCCAUAAUCAAGGAGGCGAUCAACACAGAUAAAGUCAAGGAGAAGAUGGAGGCUGACAAAAUCAACCAAGCUUUUGAUGAUCAGAAUCAAGUACUUCAAGAAGAGAUUAUGAAGAUUAAUGAGAAGAUUCGAAAGAACAAUGAAGAGAGAGAGAAAGAACUUAAAUUAAUCCAUACAAAUGCACAGAUUAGACAAAGACACGUGGACAAUAAGAAGAUUGGUCUUCAUAGAGACAUUGAUAACAUUGUUAAAGAGAAGGAUAGGAAGAUCAGAGAGUUGAUGAAAUCAUUGCAGGAUGGCACAGAAACAAUAGAGAAUGCAAUACAGACCAUAAAUACAGUACUAGAAAACGAUAAAAACAUUGUUAAAGAUGGUCAUAGUGUGAACAUGUCAGUGAGUGAUAAACUAAAGAAACCACUAAACAAGAAUGAUGUGAAACAAAUCACUGAUAGAAUAUCAGGUGUGAGGUUUGUGAAGGGUGUUGGGGGAGAGAAGUAUGAUGGUAGGAUUGGUGGGUAUGAUGGUGAGUGGAUGCUUAGUGAUACAAUCAGUGUUGAAGAUAACAUCACAUGCCCAUGUAUUGUGGGAUGCAUAGAUGAAUGUAAUGUGAUCAUCACUGACAUGGCGUCAGGUAGCCAGCAUACAUACAUGUUAGAUAUAAACACUAAACACAUCCAGAGAGUGAUAACAGGUACUGAUACAUCAUGGGUUCGCUCCUGUGCAUUACUGAAUGAUGGUAAGAUAGUAUGUGGUAGAUGGUGUAGAGGUUGUACAGGGGACAGUUUGACUGGAUGCAUCAGUGUGUAUGACAGACAAUGGAUGCGGAUCAAUGACGUCACAAUACCAAGAAACACAACGCACAAUAUCUCACCGGUGUGUGUAGCUGUUGACCGUGAUGGGAUGAUCAUCGCUGCUGAGUGGGGUCAGUCUAAGAUAUACGUCAUCAACCCAGCUGAUAGUAAGAUCGUGAAUACCAUCACAUGUAAACAGGAUGUACUGAUGCGAGGUGUGCUAUCAUCAGGUCACAUCAUCGCUCAACCUUACCCUGUUGAUGAGAGAGUACUAAUCAUAGACAGACAGGGUGGUCAAAGGAAAUUCCCCCACAGUGAUGUCAUCUUGAAUGUCAGUGUUGAUCCUGUAACAGACGACCUCUACGUCGUGUCAUCAGAUGAUGAGUACAAGACGUGUGUGAUUGAUCAGGUGAUGAGUGGGAGUGAAGUGAAGAAGAGAAGAGUGACGUCAUUCCCUCUAUCAAAUAGAAUGACUCAGACUGAUCAAUGGACUGUGGAGCUUUUCUUAUCUCGUGUAAUGAUCUCAUCAUCAGGCAAGAUAAUUGCUUGUGAUGGAGAUAAUAUUCUCGUAUUCGAAAAGAGACUCACGUUCUAAACGAUAUUUUGGGGGAUCAAUGAGUUAUUGAUUUUAUUAAAAUAUACAAUGACCAGAAUGAAACAAUCUUUGGAUAAAUGAAAUACCUGUAGCAAUCAUGUCAAAUAAAUUGAUAAGACCUAAUAACUCUCACCCAUCUUGAACAUCACGGUGAAAAAAAUAUAUUAAAAAAAUACUCCUGCAUCCAAGAACAUAUAUCAUUUACAUGGAAAUAGGUCUAAAUAUCAUUUGAUGAAGCUAUUAUUGCGAGAACAUAUUUCAUAAUAUUAUAUUUUCACAUAUUUCAGAAUAUUAUAAUUUCACAUAUUUCCGUAUUUAAAAAGGAGAUAUCCAUACACACCAUGAUAUGGAGGGACAGAUAAUGAUCAGAUCAUUCAACUGACCACGGUGACCUAAAACAUUUAGUUCAGGAUGGGCACUCGGAUUUACUAUUUAAGUAGUAAACAUAGUAAGAUAAAUGGAAAUUGGCGAGCCAAGUUCCAAUGCUUGGACAAAUUGCAGUUGUCCGACGGUAUGGAUAUUAUGUAACGUAAACAUUAUGUGAUACUAAAAUAAUAGAGGUUGAAAACAUAUUGAAUAUUGAUAUUAUGAUGCAUGGUAGACUUAGAGGGGAGAGAGGGAGAG